AUGUAUGUAUGCCGUCUUCUACCUGCGGAGUAUGAGGAAGCCGAUUGUGACGUGAAACCAGAAAAUUUAGUUCCCCUUGAGAUCGUCAAAGCGUUUUCCGUGCAACGUUGUCGAAGUUAUGAAUACCGAUUCGCUAUAGUACAAUUGAUUGACAAAGGCACUAUACAAUCGUUGUUCGGAGAAGAAGAUCAAAUUGCGAGAGCUGGAUAUGAGUUUGGAAAUAAAAGAGGGUACAAAGCCAUGCUACAUGGAGAACGAUUCAGUGUUGCAGGGCUUCAUCCUGUACUUGUUAUCAAGCACCAAUGCAAUUCCGACAUCGACAAAUAUUUGGAAGUUGAAUUAGACUCUCAUAUGUAG